AUGAGGCUCGUUCCAAAAUGCCUUGGACAAGAAAUACCUGCUACGCUACCGGAGCCCCCGCCGGCCUGCACUAUCGCCGGGCCCACCACUGCCUCUCGUUCGCAAUGGAAACCGAUGCAUGCGACGACAGUUGAGGGCACAUCACGUCGAGCUCAUUGUGGGUACGUGGCUGGAGGCGGUGGGGUGAAAGCGGGGUGGAUAAUUUCCGCAUCCGAUCCGAUCCGAAUCCGCGUUACGAGGAUAUGGAUUAAGGUUUUAGAUAUCCAUGAGGAUAUGGAUAAUCCGCAUCCGAUUGUUGCGGAUAUGGAGGAGGAUAUGGUCGCUGUCAGCGACAUCUAUUUGCAUCUUCGUUCCCCGACCGCCGCUACUCUCGUGCGUGCUACUGUUUUCUUCGACACAACAAUAGAUAUGACCUCCUUAGUCAAGGUGGACAUCUGCUUUAGAGAAUGGUAUUCGUGGGAGACUGAAAACAAUGAGGUCAAAACCUUUAACGAUGUUUUCAAUCCUAGUAACCGAAAAAGGGGCAAAUGCAAUUUGAUAAAGUUUUUUAAUCGUUUGCGUCAAAUCAGGUGCUUAAAGAUAUCAAGCUGUGAAUACCUGAAGGUUAUUGACAGAGUUGUUGGUUCAAUUGGAAAGUUUAAUAAUCUAACCAAACUUGAACUCCAAGUGGGUGUUGAAUGGCAUUUGCUUGUAAAGUUUCUGGAAGUUGCUGAUAAUCUUGAAGUCCUUAUUGCUGAUGUAGAAAUUCAUAAUUCCUGUAUGGAGCCGAAACAAGUGCCUAAAUGCCUACAAUCGUCUCUAAAAACUAUAACAAUUAAGCAACAAGGUUUUGAAGAGCAUGAACUUGACCUGGUGCGUUAUCUUUUGAGGAAUUCUCAAGUACUUCAGAGAAUGGAAAUAUUACCUCGGAAAGAUAGAUCAACGUCGACUUCCGAAAACGGUUUCGAGGCAGCAUUCAAAGCGCUUCAAAGAAUUUCAUUGUUUGAGCGAGGAUCCAAGGCAUGCCAGCUUGCCUUCUUUUCAGAUUGUUGA